GCACGCUUCCUGAUGGGAACAAAGUCCAUCCAUAUCUUCGUUGAAGCCCUUUCUGGUGAUUGAACAUCAGGUAUACUUUAUAGGUUCUCGUAGGAACGUAACAUCAUGGCGGUGGGAAAUAUCUACUUCAUCUCCGCCAUCGCGGUCAUCGGUGGUGGCCUCUUCGGCUUCGACAUCUCCUCUUUGAGCGCAAUUCUCCCCAUCAAACCUUACAAAUGCUACUUCGCGGAGGGAGGGGCAAUUCCCCUAAGUGACGACUGCCAAGGCCCGUCGUCCAUGACCCAAGGAGGCAUUACCGCUGCGAUGCCUGGUGGCUCGUGGCUUGCGUCGCUUAUUUCCGGGUAUCUCUCCGACAUUUUGGGUCGUAAGACGUCCAUCCAGGUCGGUUCGAUUAUUUGGAUCAUUGGAUCCAUCAUUUCGUGCGCGUCUCAGAACAUCGCCAUGCUGAUCGUUGGUCGUAUCAUCAACGGAUUUGCUGUCGGUAUCUGUUCUGCCCAAGUUCCUGUAUACAUUGCUGAGCUCGCACCGCCUAGCAUACGAGGCCGACUUGUUGGCACCCAACAGUGGGCGAUCACCUGGGGUAUCCUGAUCAUGUUCUACAUCUCGUACGGAUGCUCUUUUCUCAAAAGUGAAGCCGCGUUCCGUAUUCCGUGGGGCUUGCAGAUGAUCCCCGGAAUCCUGCUUUGCAUUGGCAUGGUUUUCCUGCCAGAAUCGCCCCGUUGGCUUGCUCGCAAGGAGCGAUGGGAGGAAUGCCGUGCCGUUUUGGUCCUGGUACACGGCAAAGGCGACCCCGACUCACCCUAUGUCCGGAAGGAAUUCGCGGAGAUCGAAGAGACGGUGAACUUCGAGCGACAAAACGCCGACGUCACCUACCUCGAGCUGUUCAAGCCACGCAUGAUCAACCGCACCCAUAUCGGCAUGUUCGAUCAGAUUUGGGCCCAAUUGACUGGCAUGAACGUCAUGAUGUACUACAUUACCUAUGUCUUCCAAAUGACUGGUCAGAGCGGUUCAACCUUGCUUGUCUCCUCCUCCAUCCAAUAUAUCAUCAACGUCGUCAUGACCGUUCCCGCUCUCAUCUUCGUCGACCGCUGGGGCCGCCGUCCCACGCUGCUCAUCGGCGCCGCCCUCAUGGCCAUCUGGCUCUUCGCCAACGCUGGCAUCUUCGCCACCUACGGAGUCCAUAUCCCCGAAGGCGUUGACGGCACCCGCGAAGCCUCUAUGCUCGUCACUGGCGCACCCGCCAAAGCCAUCAUCGCCUGCUCGUACCUUUUCGUCGCAUCCUACGCCCCCACAUGGGGACCUGUUUCGUGGAUUUACCCCCCGGAGCUCUUCCCGCUGCGCGUGCGCGGCAAGGCGGUAGCGCUGUCCACGUCCGCCAACUGGGCGUUCAAUUUCGCGCUCGCGUGGUUCGUUCCGCCGGCGUUCGUAAACAUCACGUGGCGCGUGUAUAUCAUAUUCGGCGUGUUCUGUCUGGCGAUGUUCUUCCACGUGUUCUUCCUGUUCCCAGAGACGGCGGGCAAGACGCUUGAGCAGGUGGUGGACAUCUUCGAGAACGAGCGGCCCGGGAGCGUCAAGUUCAUCGGGACGCCGGCGUGGAAGACGCGGAACUCGUGGAAGCAUGGGCGGAAGAUGGAGGCUGGGCAUCUCGAUGAUGAGGGCCAGGCGGGGCUCGAGCAGCCGGUGAUCGCGGAGAAGGAUGGCGUGUCGAUGGACGAUAAGGUCCAGGACGAGCGGAUCCAUGCUUGAGCUUCGGGCUGGGGUUUUCGCAAUCAUUAGAGAAGGAUAGUAUCUGACGUAUACCCUUGGUUUGCAGAUACCCUUCCAUCAACGUCUAGAUCAUAUUAUAGACGAAAGAUAUGGUAUGUAAGAGCGUGUUGAGUGUAUGAUAUCGAUAGCAUAUGGGCGCGUGGAGUCUUGAUAGCGUCAACAAUGAUAGUAUUGUACUUUUUACACAUUGUUCUUGUACACAACCGGAUCCAAACAGCGUUUCUUGAUUGAUGAGCUAACGCACGUUAUCCAAAGACGGUACAUC